UUUAAUCUGUGCUCCUUUUAAUGUGCACUUCGCUUAACUUCGCUCGUGCUCGUGCGUCGUUAAAAUAUAAUUAGUGACGGACGAUUGUCGAGUAAACCUGCAUGAGAUAACGAAAAAUUUGCUCGAUGUUUUCUUGGUGAUAGCGGGCAUUUUUAAUAUUUAUUGCCAGUGUUGAAACAACCUCUUAAUUAUGAUCAUGAAUCGUGGAGUGUACUUCCUAAAUUUAUUAAAAAGAACGUUUGUCCAGAGGAACGUUAAUUAUAGUAUGUUGCCGUCACAGGUAGUAGUGGUGGCUGACGACGACACGAUCGUCUGUUGGCAUCCAGAAGAAACUUUUCCUUAUGAAUGUUCCAAACCGUUACCUGAAGCUAAGCCGGGUUCAAAUUCUGUCUUAAAAAUUGGAGAGAAUGAAAUUAAUUCGGUAUUCAGAAAAGUGAACCCUGAACUUGCCCCGCAAAUGUUGGCUAAAAUAACAUUUACUACAAAACACAGGUGGUAUCCAAGAUCUAGGGACAGGAAGGCUAAGAAAACCGAACCAAACAGACCAUACUUGUAAAAAAACCAUAGAAGAUUAGCAAUGAUGUACACCUACAUAUUAGUUAUUAAAUCUGUAAUGUUAUAAAUGAAAUAAAUUGUACAUUUUUCUAAACCA